AUGAAUAAAGGGAACGUUUUUACCUAUUAUGAAAAAAAACUUGAUGGCAGAUUGCAGCUAGAUCAAGAGAGCGGAUCACUGACCAUCUGGAACAUCAGUACCAGUGAUUCUGGAGUUUAUGAAGUAUCUCUCACCAACAGGGUAGACAUCUCUGAGAGGAAGAUCAGAGUUGAUGUAUAUGCACCGGUGUCUGUACCUACUAUUGUGCACCGGUCCACAGGUACUUUAAAGCAGCCACAAGCAACGGAGGAUUUCUGCUCUGUGGUCUGCUCUGUGAAAAAUGAUCGAGACGUGUCUAUCUCGUGGUAUAAAGGGAGUGAAAUGCUGAACCAGACCAGCAAUCCUGAUCUCAGCAUCAACCUCAGUUUACCAUUAGAGCUUCAUUAUAACGAUCCAGAGACCUACAGCUGCACGGCUGUGAAUCCAGUGAGCAAUAAGAGCGUCUGUCUUCACAAGAAAGAGAUCUGCCCACGACAGGAAGAUUGUCUGGAUCACUGUGGCUCCACUGAGGCUCUGAUUCGUCUGGUUCUGUCUGGUCUGGUGGGAAUCACCACCGUUGGGUUUCUUAUUGAGAAUCUGAGGUUCUGCUCAUCUCGGAGAAGAGCUGCUGCUUCUGUGUGAUGGUGACUUGCACAAGAGUUUGCAGGGUGUUAUAUAUGACAUUGGUACCAUGAGAUACACAUGAGCGAAGCACCUGUUGGUUGCAGUAUUCUUUAUUUAUUGCU